GACGUCAGCGCGGGGCAUGAAUGAACAGGAGCGGGUUCUCACCCAACUUCCAUUAAGGACUCUGGGCAGGAGGGACAGAAGUUGCGCGCGGGCGCGCGGGCGGGCGGGAGAGGGGCACAGAGGCCGGCGAGACACCUGGGAGCCAGCGGAGAGCGAAGAUCGCAGCAUGGAGAGCCGGGCGGCCCGCGCCUGCCUGGCCCUGCUGUGGGGCUGCGCGUUGGUGGCGGCCGCGGUGGCCCAGGGCAAGGAAGUUGUCCUGUUGGACCUUGCGGAAGCCAAAGGGGAACUCGGCUGGCUCACAUCUCCCUACGGCAAAGGGUGGGAUUUGGCGCAGAACAUCAUGAAUGACAUGCCCAUCUACAUGUACACGGUGUGCAACGUGGUGACAGGUGACCAGGACAACUGGCUGCGUACGAACUGGGUGUACCGCGGCGAGGCCGAGCGCAUCUUCAUCGAACUCAAGUUCACUGUGAGGGAUUGCAACAGCUUCCCUGGCGGUGCCAGUUCCUGCAAAGAGACCUUCAACCUCUACUACUUCGAGUCGGACAUGGACUACGGCACCAACUUCCAGAAGCGCCAUUUCACCAAGAUUGACACCAUCGCGCCUGACGAGAUCACCCUCACCAGUGACUUUGAGGCCCGCCACGUGAAGCUGAACGUGGAGGAACGCACCGUGGGCCCGCUCACGCGCAAGGGCUUCUACCUGGCCUUCCAGGACAUUGGUGCCUGCGUGGCGCUGCUCUCUGUCCGAGUCUACUAUAAGAAGUGCCCGGAGCUGGUGCAGGGGCUGGCCCGCUUCCCCGAGACCAUCGCGGGCUCUGACGCACCGUCCCUGGCCACAGUGGCUGGCACCUGCGUGGAGCACGCCAUGGUGCUCCCCGGGGGAGAAGAGCCCCGCAUGCACUGUGCAGUGGACGGCGAGUGGCUGGUGCCCAUCGGGCAGUGCCUGUGCAAAGAGGGCUACGAGAAGGUGGAGGACACCUGCCAAGCCUGUUCCCCGGGAUUCUUCAAGUCCCAGGCAUCUGAGAGCCCUUGCCUGGAAUGCCCUGCACACACGCUGCCGUCCCUCAGAAGUGCCACCUCCUGUGACUGUGAAGAAGGCUACUUCCGGGCACCCAAGGACGCGCUGUCCAUGCCCUGCACACGCCCGCCCUCUGCCCCGCACUACCUCACAGCUGUGGGCAUGGGUGCCAAGGUAGAGCUGCGCUGGACACCGCCCCAGGACACAGGGGGCCGAGAGGACAUUGUCUACAGGGUCACCUGCGAGCAGUGCUGGCCGGAGUCGGGAGAGUGUGGGCCCUGUGAGGCCAGCGUGCGCUACUCAGAGUCACCACACGCGCUCACCCGCACCAGCGUGACGGUCAGUGACCUGGAGCCACACAUGAACUACACCUUCGCCGUGGAAGCCCGCAAUGGCGUCUCAGGCCUGGUGACUAGCCGCAGCUUCCGCACUGCCAGUGUCAGCAUCAACCAGACAGAGCCCCCCAAAGUCAGGCUGGAGGGCCGCACCACCACCUCGCUGACCGUCACCUGGAGCAUCCCUGUGCCACAGCGGAGCCGCGUGUGGAAGUACGAGGUCACCUACCACAAGAAGGGGGAUGCCAACAGCUAUAAUGUGCACCGCACCGAGGGCUUCUCUGUGACUCUGGAGAACCUGGCACCGGAUACCACCUACCUGGUCCAGGUGCAGGCACUGACGCAGGAAGGCCAAGGGGACGGCAGCAAGGAGCAUGAGUUCCAAACACUGUCCUUGGAAGGUUCAACCAACAUGGCAGUGAUCGGUGGUGUGGCUGUCGGUGUUGUCCUGCUCCUGCUCCUGGCCGGAAUUGGCUUUUUCAUCCACCGCAGGAGGAGAAGGCUGCGGGCUCGCCAGUCCUCAGAGGAUGUUUAUUUCUCCAAAUCAGAACAACUGAAGCCCCUGAAGACGUACGUGGACCCCCACACCUAUGAAGAUCCUAACCAGGCUGUGCUCAAGUUCACCACGGAGAUCCACCCGUCGUACAUCACAAGGCAGAAGGUGAUCGGGGCAGGAGAGUUUGGGGAGGUGUACAAGGGGAUGCUGAAGUCGUCCUCUGGGAAGAAGGAGGUGCCUGUAGCCAUCAAGACGCUAAAAGCUGGCUACACAGAGAAGCAGCGGGUGGACUUCCUGAGUGAGGCCAGCAUCAUGGGCCAGUUCAGUCACCACAACAUCAUCCGCCUGGAGGGCGUCAUCUCCAAAUGUGAGGCUCAGGGGUUCCAGGGACCUGACCCACGGGGGUGGGGGGGUUGCUCUGGGGGCCCCCUGCCCCACCCUCCUCUCACACCUGUACCGUGCCCUGCAGACAAGCCUAUGAUGAUCAUCACGGAGUACAUGGAGAACGGGGCCCUGGACAAAUUCCUUCGGGAGAAGGAUGGUGAGUUCAGCGUGCUGCAGCUGGUGGGCAUGCUGCGGGGCAUCGCGUCUGGCAUGAAGUACCUGGCCAAUAUGAACUACGUGCACCGCGACCUGGCCGCCCGCAACAUCCUUGUCAACAGCAACCUGGUCUGCAAGGUGUCUGACUUUGGUCUGUCCCGAGUGCUGGAGGAUGACCCCGAGGCCACCUACACCACCAGUGGUGGCAAGAUCCCCAUCCGCUGGACAGCCCCAGAGGCCAUCUCCUACCGCAAGUUCACCUCGGCCAGCGACGUGUGGAGCUACGGCAUUGUCAUGUGGGAGGUGAUGACCUACGGCGAGCGGCCCUACUGGGAGCUGUCGAACCACGAGGUGAUGAAAGCCAUCAACGACGGCUUCCGGCUCCCCACGCCCAUGGACUGCCCCUCGGCCAUCUACCAGCUCAUGAUGCAGUGCUGGCAGCAGGAGCGCGCCCGGCGCCCCAAAUUUGCGGACAUCGUCAGCAUCCUUGACAAGCUUAUCCGAGCCCCCAACUCCCUCAAGACCCUGGCUGACUUUGACCCCCGGGUGUCCAUCCGGCUGCCGAGCACCAGCGGCUCUGAGGGCGUCCCCUUCCGUACCGUGUCCGAGUGGCUAGAGUCCAUCAAGAUGCAGCAGUACACUGAGCACUUCGUGGCAGCUGGCUACACCGCCAUUGAGAAGGUGGUACAGAUGACCAACGACGACAUCAAGAGGAUCGGGGUGCGGCUGCCCGGCCACCAGAAGCGCAUCGCCUACAGUCUGCUGGGCCUCAAGGACCAGGUGAACACCGUGGGGAUCCCCAUCUGAGCUCCGAUGGGGUCUUGCGUCCCCCUGAACAAAGAUACUUGAAGACACAAAGCGGCCUUCCUGCCAACUGCGUGCCGGGCCUCCAAGGACUUAUUUAUUUCUAGCUGUUCCUUAUGGACCCUCCCUGGGGCCUCUGCUGGGAACCUUUGGCGACUCUGGCCUGAACUGACCGAUGCUUUGGGAGGCUGGGCCCAGACCUCUUCCCUGCUGAGUACUUAGCCGGCACCAUCUUGUUCCCAGCGUCCUCUGGGGCAAGAGCCCUGCCAAGGCUGUAGACCUCAAAGGGGCCAUUCCUAAACCCACCUCCCCUUCAUCCUCUCACAUAACACCAUCUUGGAAGAUGGGGGGUUGGCCCAGGACCCCAUGAAUAGGGUACCUCAGGCUUCCCCCCUCACGACAAGAAGGCAGAUGUUGAACUCAGCUGGGCAAGACUCAAAAUGGACCUCCGUCCCUGUAGUGCCUUUUCCCAGACCCCCAGGCCCUGUCCUCAGCCCCUACGGGUCAAUCUUUUGCUUUCCUGGGGCCCUCUCAGGGUGCUUGAUUGUGUUGAGGUUUUUUUUAACUAUAUAUUUUGUAUUUUGUGCAGAGAGUGUGUGCAGAAGGGGUCCCACCAGGGCUGGGGGCAGACAUUCCACCCCUCUCCCACCUCUUUAGAUAAUUCCUGUCAGUGUUAUAUGAUUUUGUUGGGGUUUUUUGUUUUGUUUUGUUUUUGAACCUUAAUUUAUUAUUAUUUUUUUAUAUUUAUUGUUAGAAAAUGACUUAUUUCUGCUCUGGAAUAAAAGUUGCAGAUGGUUCAAA